AUGGGAUGCACUACUUCAAAUCAGACAGUCACUUUGGCAUUUAAUUAAUUUCAAUAGCUUAAACUAGGAACCUAAUCUAUAGAGUUGACUCAACUGUUCUUGGUUGCAAACAAUUUAAUAAAUGAAGUCUAACUACUAUAUAAGAAAGUUGAAGGAAAUAGACUCAUUUUAUUACGUAUUACAAAAGUAUAUUUUGAAAAACAUGUUAAAAGGUAUCUCUAACAGCAAAUUAAACAUUAAUAGACGCAUUUGGAUUCUGGACUAGAUAUGUUUCAAUAUGUAACCUGGGGUAGAGUAGCUAAAAUGGAGUAUUUUUCAAAUUUGAAAAUAAUGGUACUGUUAAUAAAAUAAUAUGAUAGAUAAGUAAAUGAACUAUAAUUUGGGUUUAAAUGGAGAUUUAAAAUUAUAAUGGUUUGGGGAAAUUUUGAAUGAUUAUCUUUAAGGACUUGAACUCAUUACCAAAGUGAUUCCAAGAAUUAUUGAACAAUUAAAGAUGGUACUGGAAAAGAUUACUAGUAUGAAAACCAAUGUUAAAGAAAGGAAUAAUACUUCUANAAGAUUCAUACAGAAAUCUAUAAUUACAUUUAAUUAUUCUUAUUCUAUUUAAAAAAGUCUUAGCCCAUUAUGGUUUCUAAUUAAGAUGCAUAUAUAUUGA